AUAUCGUCUUCCACUCUUCUGCAAGCCUAUUCUCGAAACCUCGACCAGGUGACAAGACUCGAGUUUGGACGAAUUUGCGACGAGCCUCUGGCGAGUUCUGACCAAAGAAACACUAAGCUUAUAAAAAUUUCCCAUCAUGUCAUGGUGUACUAUUGAAUCUGAUCCUGGUGUGUUUACUGAACUUAUACAGCAAAUGCAAGUAAAAGGCGUGCAGGUUGAAGAACUGUAUUCGUUGGACCUGGAUUCUCUGAACAAUCUUCGGCCAGUAUAUGGGUUGAUAUUCCUUUUCAAAUGGCGCCCAGGGGAAAAAGAUGAUCGCCUCGUAAUGAAGGAUCCAAACCCGAACUUAUUUUUUGCAAGCCAGGUUAUUAACAAUGCAUGUGCAACUCAAGCAAUCCUUUCCAUCCUUAUGAACUGUCCAGACAUUGAUAUUGGCUCAGAACUGUCAAUGUUGAAAGAAUUCACCAAGAAUUUUCCACCUGAACUCAAAGGAUUGGCAAUCAACAAUAGCGAAGCCAUACGUACAGCACACAAUAGCUUUGCAAGACCUGAACCAUUUGUGCCAGAUGAGCAGAAAGUUGCAGGCAAAGAUGAUGUAUACCAUUUUAUUAGCUAUUUGCCUGUUGAUGGUGUUCUAUAUGAGCUUGAUUCAGAGAGAAUGGUAGACAAUGGUAGCAUUGAGGCACUAAACAGAUCACUUUCAGAAGUAAAUGCUGGGAUUGAGAGUGCCACUGAGAAGAUAUUGAUGGAGGAGGAGAAAUUCAAGAAGUGGAGAACAGAAAACAUUCGUCGGAAACACAACUACAUACCAUUUUUGUUCAACUUCUUCAAGAUUCUUGCUGAAAAGAAGCAGUUGAAGACUUUGAUUGAGAAGGCCAAGCAGAAAACAUGCAACAGCCCUAGGUAAAAGGGUCCUGUUUUUGCUGGUUGUAGGACCCUGGUGCAGCGUCAGUAAGAGGACAAAAAAUUCAAUUCUCUUGACUUAAUUUUAUGUGUCCAAAAUGAUUCAGAUUAUGAUACUUGUUUUAUUUGUUUAGAUAUAUUCAACCCUUGAUAAUCAAUGUUAUUCCGACUUUUGAGGUCAGAGUCUUACAGGCCAGUGUUUGUGCUUUAUGACAGUAAAAUGCGAAGUGUCUUCCCCAUA